AUGACUGACUCAACGUAUACUGGACACAAGCUUCUCAUCGCCAACCGCGGCGAAAUCGCAGUACGCAUCAUACGCACCGCGAAGCGUCUCGGGAUACCCACUGUCGCCGUCUACACCUCCUCAGACUCCCUAUCGCCCCACGUCUCCCUCGCGAACGAAUCCGUCAACCUUCACGAUCUCGACACCGAGACCACAGAAGAGAAGCUAGCAGAGCCGAGGGUAUACAUAUCCAUCAGCCUCAUUCUCGCAGCAUGCCGUAAGACCGGCGCUACGAUGGUCCACCCGGGCUACGGCUUCCUCGCUGAGAACGCAGAGUUUGCGCGAGCCGUAGUCGGCGAAGGCAUCGUGUGGCUCGGACCACAGCCCGACGUGAUCGAGGCGAUGGGUCUCAAGCACGAGGCAAGGCGGCUCGCGGAACGAGCUGGGCUGAGUCUCGUCCCGGGAUCAAAGGGCUUGGUGACGACUGUCGACGAUGCCCUGUCUGUCGCGGGGAGCGUUGGGUUCCCAAUAAUGUUGAAGGCUACCGCGGGAGGCGGAGGAAUGGGGCUGGUGAUCUGUGGCAGCGAGGAGGAGCUGAAAAAUCGGUUUGAGCCUACGAAGGAGAGGGCGAAGGCGCUCUUUCACAACGACGGCGUCUUCAUUGAGCGUUAUUACCCCUCCGCUAGACACAUCGAAAUUCAGGUCUUCGGUGAUGGACAAGGGAACAUCGUUCACAUGGGCGAACGAGAGUGCAAGCUAAGAUCGAAGAUCUGCGGUGCAGCCGUGCGGUUGUGCGAGUCUAUCAGAUAUUCGUCCGCAGGCACUGUAGAGUUCCUCGUCGAUGACUUGACCGGCGACUUUUUCUUCCUCGAGAUGAACACUCGGAUUCAAGUGAGCGCAUACACCCGCCAACGCUCUCGUUCUGCCAUGCUGAUCUACCACUACAAGGUCGAACAUCCGGUCACGGAGUGCAUACAUCCAGGUCUCGACCUGAUCGAGCUAAUGAUUCUCCUUGGAGUGGCAACCUCGAACAGUACCGAGAUUCAUGCUUCUGUGUUUGACCAGAGCGUGUAUGAUGCUAACAUUGCGCUCGGCACGCGCCAUGCGAUCGAGGCCCGUGUUUACAGCGAGAACCCGGCUGACGGGUUCAAGCCAUCUCCAGGGGUGCUUCAACAUGUCAGCUUCGGUGAAGAGGAGUGGCUACGUGUGGAUCACUGGAUAUCCAGAGGGACGACAGUCACUCCUCAUUUCGAUCCUCUCCUGUGCAAGGUCAUCGUAGUUGGCAACGACAGGGAAGAAGCGAUUCAGCGAAUGUCUCAGGCUCUCAGCACAUGCGAGAUCUAUGGUCCACCAAACAACGCUUCAUACCUCCAGGCGAUCUGCGCAGAUCCUAUAUUCUCAGAGGGACGGGCGACAACCACAGCCCUUACAGUUCUACACGGCGGCAUAGAAGCAACAAUCCAAGACCUCCCCGGGCGCCAUGUCUCCCUCGGCAUCCCGCGCAGCGGGCCCAUGGACGCACGCGCCUUCCGCGCCGCGAAUGUGCUCGCUGGCAACCACCCGCACACCGCCGCGCUCGAGAUCGUCGUGCUGCCCGGUGUGCCGUUCAAAGCCAAGUUCCACGUUGCCGCCGCCGUCGGUGUGGCAGGGAAGCCCGUCGGUCUGCGUGUGGGCGGGAGAGAUGUGCCGAUGUGGGCGGGGUACUGUGUUCCCGCUGGGUGUGCAGUUGAGAUCGGUGUGAGCGCAAAGCACGGGCAGGCGCAGGGCGAUACACCCGGAUUUAGAGUGUAUCUCGCGGUGCGAGGUGGAUUUCCGGAAGUUCCGGAGUAUUUGGGGUCGAAGUCGACGUCCAUGGGUCUUGGUGGUUAUCAGGGUCGAGCUCUCCUCACAGGCGACCAACUCGCCCUCGGCAAUGACUGCUCUUCGACGCCCGAAGAGCUCCAGUCUUCUUCACCGUAUCUGCUCCCUCGAGAGCUCGUACUAGCGUACUCGCAGCGCUGGACCGUCAAAGUCCUUCCGGGACCACAGGACGACGCGGAGUUCCUCACCCCCGAGGGCCGAGCGAGGUUUUACAGCACAACGUGGCGCGUCAGCCCGUCGAGCAACCGGAUGGGUGUCCGGCUCGAACGGUUUGAAUAUGAUCAGACAGUCGAACACGGCGGUGCUCUUGACGUCAGCGAGAACGCUGAAAGCGGUGGGAAGUCAGCGCCAUUGGGAAUAGGCUGGGCCCGCCCCGACGGCGGCGAAGGUGGCGCACAUCCGAGUAAUAUCCUCGAUAACGGGUAUGCACUGGGGACUGUCAACGUGAACGGAGACACGCCUGUCAUAUUGACGCAGGAGGGCCCGGAUAUGGGCGGGUACGUGUGCUUGUGUACGGUUGCCAGUGCCGAGCUGUGGAAGAUCGGGCAGCUCAGUCCCGGGAGCGUUGUUAGGUUCGAGCCUGUUUCUUGGGACGUUGCACGGGAGCUGCACGAGGAAGAGGUUGCAUGGGUCAACGCGGUCGAAAGUGCGGUUCGAUCUCGCGUGGGUAACUCGGAGUGGAAGUCAAGGCGAUUUUCGGUCCCAAAGCUCGAGGAGACAUCUGCGAUUCUGCUGCGAAAGGCCCGAAAUUCUGAGGAGGAAGGGCCGAGUGUCACGUUCCGCCAGGCUGGAGACUCUGCGAUUCUGGUUGAAUACGGAAACAUGCAUCUCGAUUUCCACAUCCGCGCCCGAGUACACGCGCUCGAGCGCGAAGUUGCUCGUCUCGGGACACCGGGUAUACUCAGCUUCAGCCCGUGUAUACGGUCUACACUGAUACACUUCGACCACUCGAUAAUCUCUCAAUCCACUCUGCUCGCUGCCCUUGCGUCCGUAGACACCUCCCUCCCCGCGUCGAUCUCCAGCGUCACGUUCCCCGGAAGGCGCAUUACGUUCCCGAUCGCGCUCGAUGAUCGGUGGAACAGGGAAGCGCUAGAGAGGUACAUGAGCACGACGCGGCAGCGCGCUGUGUACUUGCCGAGCAAUGUCGAGUAUCUCGCGAAGAAUAAUGGGCUGAGCGGUGGUAAGGAGGAGGUGUUAGCAAAGCUCGUCGAGUCUGACUGGCUUGUGUUUGGCGUUGGGUUCUACCUUGCUUGUCCGUUUUUAAUACCGAUCGAUCCUCGAUGUCGUCUCGUAGGCCAAAAAAUGAACCCAUCGCGAACAUACACUCCCCGAGGAGCAGUAGGCAUAGCCGGACCCGUCGCAGCCAUCUACCCUGUCGUCUCUCCGGGCGGAUACCAACUUUUCGGACGCACACUCCCAGCCUGGCAGACAUGGGGCCGCGGGGCGGACUUCGAGCUCAAUCGGCCGUGGUUGCUGAGACCAUUUGAUCGAGUCAGGUUUAAGUCGGUUAUGGAGGAGGAGUACGAGCGUAUCGAGAAGGAGUUCGAUGCGGGGCGGUAUGAAUUUGAGAUCGAGCCUCUCGAGUUCUCCAUGAAGGAGUACGACGCUUUCGUUGAGUCUGUUUCUGACGAGGUCGCCAAGUUCAGGAAUAAGCAGGCUGCAGGCGUCGCCAUUGAAAGUGCACGGGAGAACACCCUCCUAGCAGAGUGGAACGCCGAACGCGAAGCCAAGGCCGCCGAAGCCCGCAUGAACGCUGGUGCGAACGCCAUAAACCCAGAAAGUGCGGCGGACGGGCCGUCCAUCAGAUCCCCGAUGUCCGCGUCGGUGUGGAAGAUUCGGUUUUCGCCGGGACAGAGUAUUCAGAGCGCCGAGGACGUGGUCGUCAUUCUUGAGGCGAUGAAGACGGAGAUCAAUGUACUCGCCGGAGAGGAGAGUGUCGGGUGCGUGGUGAGAGGGUUCGGGAGCGGGGUUGCGGAAGGGCAGGCCGUUCAGGCGGGAGAUGUGCUCGUUCAUUUGGAGUGA